AGGUGAGGUUUGGACAGAAGCGCAGCCUGCUGGGUAAUCACUUCCCGUCGGGAUGUUUUUUGUGAAUGGAGCUCAUUAUGCACGCAGCUCCAUUCACAAACAGGCUCUCCUCUGCAGGCUGCGUGCGUGGACCCACUCAGCCCAAAUGAGCACGAGCGCUUAGCGGAUGGAUUAUAAGAUGGACGGAUAUUUGGACCAACAAGUGCCUUACCCUUUAACAAAUAAGUCGCAGGGAAAUGGGCCCCUAAAUAGACUGUUGAUGGCAGCAAAAAGGAAAUUCGUGGACACAGAAUUACCCCCUCAGGAAUCUGAAGAUCUCUUCCAGGAUUUAAGCCAACUUCAAGAGACGUGGCUCACAGAAGCUCAGGUUCCUGACAGUGACGAGCAGUUUGUUCCUGAUUUUCAUUCAGAAAACUCGGUGGCAUUUCACAGUCCUCCCGUCACCAUCAAGAAGGAGCCACAGAGUCCAGGUUCUGACCCCAGCCAGUCCUGUAGCCACAAACAGACCUUCAGCUACCCCAGCGGAGAGCAGUGCCUUUAUGCCAGUGCCUAUGAGCAGAAAAGGGCUGCAGGAGGGGCAAAGAGCUCCUGUCCAGGGACCCCCAUGUCUCCCAUGCAGCAGCAUUACUCCCCGAAACCCGCAGCAGCCGGAAGGCCGGACGCCGGCUACCUGAACCCAGCCGCCACCUCCCAGCCCCUCCCCAGCAACACUUACCACAUCAACGCCAGUUCCAGGUUUCAGGGCCCUUCAGCAGAGCCUAUGUGCCCCCCGUUCCCCCCAGCAGGGCAGGCAUGUGCCUGGUUGUCCCUCCAUGUAYCACCACAACGAGGGCUACCCAAACCCCCAACACAGCAAUGAAGGCUACUUGUUCGAGAAYGACUCCCGUGUUGUUCCAGAGAAGUUCGAAGGUGACGUCAAACAGGAAGGGGGUGGGGUCUUUCGCGAAGGGACACCUUACCAGCGCCGCGGCUCCCUGCAGCUCUGGCAGUUCCUGGUGGCCCUCCUGGACGACCCGAGCAACGCCCACUUCAUAGCCUGGACCGGCCGCGGCAUGGAGUUCAAACUCAUCGAACCCGAAGAGGUUGCCAGACUGUGGGGCAUGCAGAAGAACCGUCCCGCCAUGAACUACGACAAGCUCAGCCGCUCUCUGCGCUAUUACUACGAGAAGGGAAUCAUGCAAAAGGUGGCCGGGGAGCGCUAUGUUUACAAGUUUGUGUGCGAGCCCGAGGCGCUCAUCUCCCUGGCCUUCCCCGACAAUCAGCGGCCCAGCCUAAAGGCCGAGUUCGAGCGCUAYGUCAACGAGGAGGACACGGUGCCCCUUUCACAUCUGGACGAGGGGGUGCCCUACAACCCUGAACCCUCCCAGAACAUGGGCCCUCAGCCCUACUCUAAAGGCUACAUGUACUAAAGCCAGAACCCCUGCCCUGCCCUCUACGGAAAUCCCCCCCACCCCCCCUCGUUGCACCAACCCAUCAUCAUACACACCCCGAGACCCCGCUCCCAGCACCUCUUGCACACACACCCAUCCCUCCCACUUGUAUAUAAGGCUAUGGUGUUUUUUUGUUUUAAAAUUUAAAUUAAUCUCAAUAGGGAUUGUUUUUCUUUUUUUGUUUUUGUUUUUAAGAGCUGCGUUCCUCUCACAUGAGGCCUGAUCAGUACCUAAAACAUGACUGGUUAAAGAGAUUGCUUAAUAAUAAAUACACAUAAUAAUACCCCAA